AUGCAAUCAAAGCCUGUAUGGGGUAGAAUUGUUACUCCUUGGGCCGUUGCAGCUGGUGUCAAUGGACAUGCAGUCGUGUCAAAGACGACGAGGGAUCCAGCCAAGCCACUGCCAUUUGAGGAGGCCAUACAGGAGACGCUUGAUAGUUUAAAUGUGUCAGCACCAGCAAAAGAGAUGAAGAAGAGAGGAUUAGUGAAUCAGGGCAACACUUGCUUUCAGAAUGUCAUUUUGCAGUCGGUAUUGGCCUGUCCGCCAUUCGUGAAUUUGUUGGCAGCAAUCUCGACUUCUAGUCCCUCAACGCCUGAGAUGCUGGCAAGUACUUCGACGUUCAAGGCGUGGAGACAUAUGGUCGCGUUCACGCGUGAGUUUGAAGAACCAACGUUAGCUCAAUUGCGGCAACAGGCUGCUAGUGGAGACCGAAACCUUGAUGACAUGCAUGGAAAAGUGUCGCAGGCGAUUCGAAUUAGCGGAUACUUUAUGGACGUGCUGAGCGCCUUUCAGAAAAUGCGCGGAGAGCAGGAAGACGCACUGGAGUUUCUGGAGUUUUUCUUGGAGUAUUUACACACUGAGUACGAGAAAAGUAAUUUGAAAUUGCCAGCUUCGUGUGAGAAGCAGACGAAGCUCAUUGUUACAGCCCCAGUAACUAAUCAGAACGGAACUGAUUCCGACACAGCCUUUGUAAAAGCUCAAGCGUUUGACGAUGGCUGGGCAGAGGUUGGUAAAAAGGGCAAGAGCAGCGUGCUACGCCAAAAUCCCGUCAACGCCAUUCGUUCGCCAAUAAAUUGGUUGUUCAAGGGUGCACUACGCUCCGAACUCAAGCAGCAUGGCAAGAGACAGAGUUCAAUCACUGUAGAGCCAUUCCACUGCUUACACUUGAACCUGGACUACGAAGCACAGGACCUCUCGUUUGUAACAGGCGCGGACGGAUUGGCAAAACCACUUGGCACACCGAUUACUGUGGAAGAGAUGAUUCGGAAAUCAUUUGAUGUAGAGGUGAUUGAGGAUGCCAACCAAGUUCCUACCAUGAAGAAGUACACAACCGUGGAAUCCCUGCCUGUUGUUCUGACACUGAGUGUCAAGCGUUUCACGUAUCAUCCGGACCAGGGACCAGUGAAGCUACAGCAAUUUGUCAAGUACCCACCUUUCUUGGAGUUUCCAACGCAGUUUAUGUCACCGAGCUGUCGUGCAGAGAAUGGAAUGGACGUCCCCGGCGUUGCGCCUAUCAGCGGAUCUGGCUUUUCGGCUCCUCCAAUGUACGAAUUGUUUGCAGUCGUGUCCCACUUGGGCAAGUUUGUCGUGGGAGGUCACUAUACGUGCGUGUGCCGUGACAACAAAGACCAGUGGUACCGCUACGAUGAUGAGCACGUAACGUCUAUUUCGGAGGCUACGGCGCUCAGCGAAACUGCUUACUUGCUGCUAUAUGUUCGAACAAACAAGCGACCACCUCACCCAUCCCUGGCUUCUCCAUCCCCAAUCUCUGCUGCGUUUCUCAAAACAAAGGGCCAUAGUGGGUCAAAACUCAAAGCCAGCAAUGGCAAUACGAAGGUCCCCGGCGGAAAAAUUUGCAAACAGCCUGUUGCAACAUCAAAAGCACCGCCAGCACCUCAAUCCAUUCCAGGAAUGUCCCCAGUGAAGCAGUCUGAUGCAGCAAAUUUGAUGCGGAAGAAGCACGGCAAGAAGAAAGCACGAGGAGAGUAG